GAAACUUGACACUUUUCAGGAAGACACCAGAGUCGAACAUGGCGUCUUCCUACACCUUCGGGAAUUUGCCGCAGCCACCGUCCUCGUCCAGCGUGCGCUUCUUUGAUACUUGUACCCACUCCCUUUAAUGUAUAGCUCUUCAUCUCCGUUUUGUAAUUCUCUCACCACUACGCAGGCGCCUUACUUGGCACCCCCACCGCCGCAACAAAUCCGAGAAAUCAAGCUCUGGGCUGACACGAAAGAUCGACGCAAGUACGAGGACCUGGCAGACCUGUUCGCCAUUUUCAAGACCACGGAGCAUUUGGAAGCUGCCUACGUUCGCGAUGCCAUCACACCUGAGGAGUACACGGAGGCAUGCACGAAGCUCAUCUCGCAAUACAAAACGGCGGAGACUGCUCUGCGCCUCGGCGGCUUCAUCGACAGCGUGGAGAGCUUCAUCGCCGAGUACAGACUGGACUGCCCACGUGCGUUAGAGCGUCUCGUGCGCAUUGGUGUGCCUGCUACGGUGGUGCACAACACGACCAACCGCAAGACUGAUUCGGUCAACGUGGCGCAGACCGUGCAGAACUUCAUCACGCUCAUGGAUGUGCUCAAGCUCAAUAUCCGAGCUGUGGACGAGAUCCAGCCGCUGCUGAGCGAGAUGAUGAGCUCUUUGACUAUGGUUAGUGGUUUGCCACCUGACUUCGCUGGUCGUGACAAGAUCGAGGGCUGGCUACGUACGAUGAACUCAAUGCGCGCCUCAGAAGAACUGGAUGAAGAACAAGCACGUCAACUCAGCUUCGACCUCGAGCGUGCCUAUUCGUCCUUCAUGGCCUUCCUGAACAAAUAAUGGGGUAUCGAUAGUGGUGGAAUGGGCUCAGAGACCUUGGAAAAUUUUUAUUGUGUCGUUUACUUCUCCAUUUUUCUUUGUUUUUCCUGUUUUCUCUCUUAUAAAAAAG